AGUGUGUUCCGAAAUAAAUAAUAAUCAGUUUACAGCGAUUUGUUUAGACUUUCUAUAAAUUGUAAUUAAUAAAAAAAGAUAUUAAAAUAUUUAGCCUAAAACCUAAUUAUUUUCUUUAAUAGUAUACAUAUUAAGAGUUGUAAAGUAGAAGUGAGGUUUGAAGCAUUUCAAAAUAUAUUAAAAACAUUUGAAAAGUGUAAAAACAUGUAUCAAAAUCCAGGAGGAUACGGAGGUUAUAAUCAAGGAGGAUUCGCCCCUAGAGGAUAUGCUCCUCAACCACAAGGAGGUAGUUUUACACCUCCAGCUGGUUAUGCUCCUCCAGCACAAGCAGGCUAUGGGCAAGCCCCCCAGGUACAUCCGGACGUACAAUCUUGGUUUCAAGCUGUAGAUAAAGAUCGUUCCGGUCAAAUUACAUGGGAAGAACUCCAAUCUGCCUUGAUAAACGGACAAGGGGAACGAUUUUCACCGACAGCUUGUAAACUCAUGAUUUCCAUGUUUGAUUCGGAUCGUAACGGUACCAUCGGCGUUAACGAGUUUCAGUCGCUUUAUAAUUAUAUUAAUCAGUGGUUGGCGGUGUUUAAGAAUUACGACAGGGAUCAAUCGGGUAGUAUAGACGAGCCUGAACUCGCCCAAGCAUUCCAGCAAAUGGGUUUUAGGUUUUCACCCGACUUUAUUAAAUUUUUAAUCGCAAAGAGUGAUAUAAAAACGCGCAGCAGAAUGUCAGUGGAUCAAUUCAUCGUAAUAUGCAUUCAAAUCCAGCAGUUUACAGAGGCCUUCAAAAAACGCGACACCGAAAUGAAAGGGGUUGUGACAUUGGGUUUCGAAGAUUUUUUGAGUAUUGCUUUGAGUUGUUCACCGUAAUUUUCAUAAAUUUAAUUUGAAAUGUCGAAAUUAUAUUAAACUUUAAUAUAUUUGCCAAUUUUUUUUAUUGAAUCUUAUUAUUUAUACACAACAGGAAAAACAUUUCAACGUGGCAACAGUGUAAAACAUCUGUCAUAUGUGAAUGUUUACAUUUUAUGAAUCUAUGUAUUUAGUAUGAAAUUGAGAUUAAAUAAAGUAUAUUUACAUA